GUUUUACUAAUGUGCGUUACAGUCACAAAAUACCCAUAAACCGCUACGAUGAAUCCCGUUUAGUUAUUAGGCUGUUUUGACGACGACGUUCCUUUAAACUUACCUAGCAGGAGAAACAAGCUGAAAUCCUCUCAGAAGGAUAAAGUUCGCCAGUUCAUGAUCUUUACCCAGUCAAACGAGAAAACAGCAUUGAAUUGUUUGUCUCAGAAUGAUUGGAAACUAGAUGUUGCUACAGACAACUUUUUCCAAAAUCCCGACCUCUACAUACAGAAUCUAAAGGGAACACUAGACCGGAAAAAGUUAGAACAGCUUUACAAUCGAUACAGAGACCCUCAAGAUGAUAACAAGAUUGGUAUAGAUGGAAUCCAACAGUUCUGCGAUGAUUUGGGACUUGAUCCAGCCAGUGUAAGUGUUCUGCUAAUUGCUUGGAAGUUUCGGGCAGCAACACAAUGUGAGUUCUCCAAACAAGAGUUCAUGGAGGGAAUGGCUGAGCAAGGAUGUGACAAUAUAGAGAAACUCAAAGCACAGCUACCCAGGAUGGAGCAAGAGUUGAAGGACCAAGGGAAAUUUAAAGACUUCUAUCAGUUCACAUUCAACUUUGCUAAGAAUCCAGGACAAAAGGGCUUAGACCUAGAAAUGGCAAUUGCAUACUGGAAUUUAAUAUUGGCUGGGCGUUUUAAAUUUCUAGAUCUAUGGAACAAAUUUUUAUUGGAGCAUCAUAAGCGAUCCAUUCCCAAAGACACAUGGAACCUUUUGUUAGAUUUCAGUACGAUGAUCACAGACGAUAUGUCAAACUACGAUGAGGAAGGAGCAUGGCCAGUUCUUAUUGAUGAUUUUGUGGAGUUUGCGCGACCGUACAUUGGCACCAAGAGUACAGCUGUAUAAGUACAUUCCUUCUGAGGGCCGUCUGGACCUCACUGAAAACAAACAGCUUCUGCCGAGCACAGAGGACUGAACUGAGAUCUGCAUUGCCUUUUCCAAGCCCUCAGGACUGAGACAUUUAUACAAACCAGAGACAAUAAAGGCAUCUUUUCUCUUCAGUCGUCUAAUGGUGGUUUGAGCUUUUAUCUUUUUGGGCUGGUUUUUGUUUUGACUUCAUACAGGAUCUUAUUCAAUCUAUGGGACUUCAGCGGUCUCAUCCAGAUGAAGCAGUUUGUCGAACAAGCUGUCACAGAUACAGUUAGGAAAUGUCAAGAUCUUAAUUUUAGUACUCCAUGUGCAUUCUUGCUUUGAAUGUUUGUUUCUUUCCAUUUGGUUUUUAUGAAAAUUAUGCAUCAAAGUUUUUUGAUUGUUUUCUCUUUUUUUUUAUAAAACAGAGUAACUGGUGUCUUGAGAGCCAGUCACAU